AUGCAGGAGGACAGUCGCAGCCCCGCCGCGGCAGUGCACCAUGGCCAGCCACCUCCCCGACAUGCUGCGCUGGUCGUCGUGCUAAGCGAUGCUGGUGGGGUUGACGAGUUGUUCUUCGGAGUUGAGGGUAUCGCGAAAGGAUUACGCGCGGGUUCUAUUGUAUUGAUUCGUUCGACAUUGCUGCUUAGCCAGUUGGAGAAGCUGGAGCAGAAGUUUACAGAUGAGAAGGAUGUCUUCCUUCUGGAUGGAUACAUUUUCAGUGGUUUAUCUGAUGAACUAAAGCAACAGAUUAUUAUUGUUGCAUCUGGGAGACAGGACGUAUCAGAAAGAGCUAGAAAGUUUUUCCAUAGCCUAUACAAUACCGUUUACUUUGCUGAAGGUGAAUUUUGCACUAGCAGCAAACUUAGGGUGGUGAAUGAUUUGCUGGAGGGCAUUCAUUUUGUUGCGUCUAUUGAAGCAAUGUAUCUUGGUGUUCGAGCUGGGAUUCAUCCAUCAAUUAUCUAUGACAUAAUAUCGAAUGCUGCUGGGAGCUCAAGGAUAUUUGUGGAGUUAGUUCCAAAACUUCUGAGUGGGGAUCCUUUGCUUAUUGAUUUUCUAAACUCAGCAAGGAAAAAUGCACUCGGUGGGGGAUGGAAGGAGGCAGAAUUGGUUGACGGGAAAGGUGGAGGGGCUAGAGGUGCUCACCGGCACGUGCUUGAGGUCACGGAGAGGCCAGUUGAGCUCCAUGGGCAACAAUGGCUGCCGACGGAUCUGAACAGAGGAAACAGAGGUGAGAGGGAAGAACGCCGGUUGCUCCGGCCGCCUGAUCAGCUUCGUGCUAAAGGUCAUGACGCCGUCGACCGACCGCCGCCUGAUCAACUUCUUGAUCUUCUUCAGGAUGGAUUUGAGCGCCAGCCCAGAGAUGACGCCGGCGACGGACCCCACCACGAAGCCGAUGAUCCAGUGCACCAGGGUUCAUAUGCCUUGAUUGGGUUCAGCGAUGAUGGUUCAUAUGCCUUGAUUGGAUUCAGCGAUGAUGGUUCAUAUGCCUUGAAUGAUUCUGCUAGGGUUGAUUUUUGUUGCGUGCUAGGUUUCAUAUGUGGUAGUGGAAUGGAGAUGCAAGUAGAUGACCCAAAUUUCUUGUCGAACAUUCUUGGAGAAGUUGAAGCUGGUGCUGGUUUGGAAGACAUGGACAUUGGAUUAACUCAAGACACUCAACCUCAUGACGAACUGCAAGUUAGCCGCAGUACAAAGCCAGGAGCAGCCAAGAGGAAAAAGAAUUUCCAUUGGCAGGAAGAUGAAAUUAUAUGCUCGGGCUGGUUGAAUGGGGAAGACAAGUGGAAAUCGAAGAUGAUAGAACUAGUUGAGGUGGAGAAAGAGAAGCAAGCAAGCAAGAAAAAACAGAAGAGUUCCAGGCCGAGGGAUGAAGGAGCCACAUAUGAUGAUGGCACACAUAAUGAUGCCACACAUAAUGAUGCUCUCAUAGAAGCUGAAGCUGAACAAACCUUACCAAAGAAAAGGUCAGAUGGGAUAAAGAAGGUAAAAGCAAAUAUGAAGCGUGGUGGUGGCGAGGCUUGCAUGGAAGCUUUGGACAAGAUGAUGGCAAAGAGGGAGGUUUUGGAGAAGGCCAAAGAAGCAAGGUUCAUGGCUUCACUAGAGGUAGAGAAGGCUGCUCUAGAGCUAGAGAAGAAACGGGUUGCAAGUGAAGAAAAAAAAGCAGAAGCGAAGCUACUGAAAGAGGAAAAAGAUAUUAUGUUAGCAGACAUGUCGUCCCUCACCCCGACCCAGCGUGCAUGGGUUGAGAAGAAGCAGAAGAUGAUUAUGGAGAAGAUGGAGGAAAAUUAA